AUGGCUUUCCCUGUCAGCCUCGUCCUUUUGUCAAGCUGGACAGCUGUAGCUUUUACAUUUCCUCACAAUACCUUUGACAACAUUGUGCAAAGGUCAAGAGUCGAAUUUGAAUCCUCCGGCAGCGGACCAGACGACCACGUCCGGGGAAUAGUUAAGGUUGUCCAGCUGGACCCUCGUGUCCUGGCCCAGUCAGGGUUCCUGAGAAAGGGACUGAACCCCAGAAGAGCCUCCUCCCUGAGCUCCAGAUUUUCCUUCCCUGCUUUCCUGUCUCACGGGCGAGCAGGUCCAGCCCCGGCCCUCAAGACCCCAGUGAGUCCACUGCACCACCUGCACCCGAAAAUCCCCACUGAGAUGGAGCUCAAGAAGAGGCAAAGCCUGCAGAUGUGGCAGAGAGCCAUAAAUAAAGGGGAGAAGAUGACCAUGUCCCUGCCAGUCCACCUGAAGGACACUAAACAGACGUGCGCUGCGGUCCCUUUCACUCAGCGUGUGACGGCCGACGGAUGCGACACAGUAACGGUGCACAACAAGCUGUGUUUCGGCCAAUGCAGCUCCCUGUUCGUCCCGUCUGAAGGGGAGUUUGCAGGGCCGGGUGCUGGGACGGGGGCCCUGCACCACCGGGCCCCCUGCUCCCGCUGCGCCCCGUCCAAAGCUCGCACUGUGGCCGUGUCCCUGCGCUGCGGGGCCAAGGUCCGGGAGAAGAGAGUGAUGGUGGUGGAGGAGUGCAAGUGUGAGACGAGCCGUGAGGAAAAGAGCGCUGAGGCUGCACAUCUGUAA